UCACGUAAUAGCGUGUCAAGGUUAGUUUUCGUCGCCACUCCUGUCAUUUUCAGUUUUCGUCGCCACUCCUCUCAUUUGAAGAUUAUUGAACAAUAUUAAAAUAUCGUGAUGUCGCGUCAAAUUAAGAGCUCGAAUGUCAGUUGCAUCAAUAAAAAUACAUGCCGUGCUUGUAUGAAGAAAGACGGCAAAAUGUUGCCUAUGUAUGACGAUAAAACUGCAAGCAAAAUUGAUCUGCCAUAUAAAUUGGCGGAGCUUACGUCUAUUCAGCUUGACAAAUUUGAUGGACUGCCCACUAUGCUUUGUAUUAAAUGUGCUUACCGCACUUGUGUUUUGUAUAACUUCAGACUAAUAGUGCAAGAGUCAGACAAAACAUUCAGGAAGCAACUUGAAGAUCAAUUUAUUACUACUAAGAGAGAAAAAUUAAAUAAUGAGAAUAAUGAAGAUAAUAUACAAUCAGAUGAAUCUUCAGAAUUAAAUGUAUCAAAUGAUAAAUCUAUACAUAAUGAUGAUUUGUUGGGGAAUCUAAAGAUUGAAAUAGAUAAAACAAUUAAGAUUGAACAACAAUACGGGUCUCAUAUACCUCAGUUGCUCGAAAAUGACAGAGCCAACAAAGAAAAUAAUCUGCAAUUGAAUGAACUCUUUCAUGAUGUACAAGAAAUUAAUGAGAAUCAAAUGGAUGUUCAUUUUGUAAAAACCGAUAUACCUGAGGAAAUUUCAAAAAUUCUUGCAUCACAAGAUAUCACAAUAAUGUAUGUACCACAAGACCAGGUCUCUAUGAGUGAGUCGAUGUCUGAACCAAUAUUUGUGGAAAAUACAUUAGCAUCUGAUCAAAUGGAAGAAGAAAUUGAAAAUGAUAAUAAUAUAUUUGUUCCUACAAUGGAAAUCUUAAAUCGAGAAAAAGAUGAAAUUUCAAACAAUGUACAUAUUUCUAGUCCUGUGAAUUCUAAUGUGACUAGAAAAAAUCGCGUCUGUUGUAAAUAUGUGGAUGACAAAAUGCAGAGCAAAAAUAAGCAACUUGAUAAAAGCAAUUUCAAUAUUGAAAAACCUGUAAGAACAGAAAACAGCGAUGAGUCUGAUUCUGAUUAUUUCAUCGAUGCCAAAGAUAACAUAUUAGGAAGUGUGAACGACGCGAUCAUACGAAUUAAAGAAGUGAAACAGGAAAACGGAAUCGAAUAUCAAUGUACAUUAUGUCUGCAGAACUACAAGCAAUUAACGUGUAUAUUACUACACACCGUCGAUAAUCACGUCCCUAGCAGUGGUCCAUUUUUUUGCAUGGUAUGCGAAAAAGAUUGCGAAAGUCAUCGAGAGUUACGAGCACAUGUGAAAACGCAUACUGGUAGUGAUCCGUAUUCCUGCUUUAUCUGCAAUAAAGGAUAUGCUAAGAAGAGAUAUUUGAAGAGGCACAUGACGUGCCAUGAUUUUCCGCGGCAUCGCUGUCCAAAAUGUGGUUGUCGUUUUAAAGCCAAGGCAGAGUUAGAGUCUCACAUGAAGACGCAUAGCGUACCUUACUCUUGCAAUCAGUGUCCACGUACAUUUAAUCACAAAGGCAAUUACAAACGACAUCUGGUCAGUCAUUUGGAUCCCCAAGGUCUUUACUUAUUUAAGUAUCCAUGCAGUUAUUGCAGUAAGCGUUUUCCCAACAAUCGUACUCUGGAAACGCAUAUUCGUGUACAUACUGGUGAAAGACCAUUCAAGUGUCAGUAUUGCGAGAAAUCUUUCUCACAGCGAGGUAAUCUGAUAAAUCACACAAGGAUACAUUCGAAUCCACGGAGUUACACGUGUGAAGUCUGCGGCAAAAGUUUCAAUCAGCGUGCUACAUUAAGAGAUCACGGACUAUUACACACGGGCGAGAAACCUCAUGUGUGUAACGUUUGUGGUAAGGCAUUUACAGUCAGUGCAGCAUUGAGAAGGCAUAUGUUCAAACAUGCAGAGCACAAGCCAUUCAAAUGCGACAUUUGUGACAUGGGAUUUGUUGGGAAGUACGAUCUACGACGACACAUGAGAAUACAUGAGGAUCGGCCUAGGGACAAACGGAGAAGAAACACUAUAUCAAAAUCAAGUGAUUUACUUCAACAAGAAUCGAAGGAAAUUUCUAUAACAGAAGAACCUCACACUGAAACUAUAUUCAUAGAACAAGUAAUUUUGCCUCCAAAUGUUACACAAAUAGUACUGAAUCAAGUUGAAUCAGAGAAAGAAAAUGAAGACACAUUGUUCAAUCUUCACUCUUACAAUUCAACUCUUAUACAAUAUAGUUAAUAAUAUUCGUAACACAUCAUAGAUGCAGACAUAUAUAGGAUAAGUAAUUUUAAUGAUGUAUUUUUAUUUUGAAUAACUAAAAUAUGUGCAUUGUAUAAAAAGUUUUAUAUAAAAGUUAUACAGAAAUAAUUUUGAAACUUUUAUCUGAUGAGGAUUGAUAUCUGUAGAAAAAUGCUAAGAUAUUAUCCUAUGAUAUGAUAUCCUUUAAAGAAGCAAUAAUAAUCUUUCUUAUAUCUAGGUAGUUGUUGAUCCCUCUUAGAACAUUUAUCGAUCAUGUAACAUGUAACUUUUGUAAAAUAUUUUAUUUAUACAAUGCAUGUUUUAAAAGUUAUUCGAUAUAGAAAUAAUGAUACAUUCUGUAUAAAAUAAGAAUUAUUACUAAUAA